AUGAUGCGCCGUCUUCUCCCAAGAUGCGCUCCCAGGGCAGCCUUCAACGCCCAGCGCUCCGCAAGCCUGGGUGCUGCUAUCCAAGCCCAGUCUGCUGUCCAGCGUCGUCAAUAUAGCAUCACCCCCCAGUCCUCCACCUCCCAGCUCCUCGACAUCGACCCCUCCAAGCUCGUCGUUGAGAAGACCUCCAAGCCCAAGGACCUCCUCCCCUCCAAAGACCUCGUCUUUGGCCGCAACUUCACCGACCACAUGCUCACCAUAGAAUGGACCCAAGAAUCCGGCUGGUCCGCCCCCAAAAUCCUCCCCUACCAAAACCUCUCCCUCGACCCCGCCACCUGCGUCUUCCACUACGCCUUCGAAUGCUUCGAAGGCAUGAAAGCCUACAAAGACACCAAAGGCCAAAUCCGCCUCUUCCGCCCAGACAAAAACAUGGCCCGCUUCAACAAAUCCGCCGCCCGCAUCGCCCUCCCAACCUUUUCCCCCGAAGCCCUCACCUCCCUCAUCGCCCAGUUUGCCAAGCUCGAAUCAAGGUUCAUCCCCUCGGAACGCGGCUACUCCCUCUACCUCAGACCAACCAUGAUCGGCACCCAAAAAACCCUCGGCGUCGGCCCCCCUGGCUCCGCCUUGCUCUACGUCAUCGCCUCCCCCGUUGGCCCUUAUUACCCAACCGGCUUCAAGGCCGUCAGUCUCGAAGCAACCGAUUACGCCGUCCGCGCCUGGCCAGGAGGUGUAGGCGACAAGAAGCUCGGCGCCAACUACGCGCCUUGCAUCGUGCCGCAGAAGGAGGCCAUGUCCCGGGGCUUUCAGCAGAAUCUCUGGUUGUUUGGGGAGGAGGAGUACGUCACCGAGGUCGGCACGAUGAACUUUUUCGUCGCGAUCAAGAACAAGCAGACCGGUCAGAAGGAGCUCAUCACCGCUCCGCUGGACGGUACUAUUCUCGAGGGCGUGACAAGAGAUAGUGUUCUUGCGCUGGCGAGGGAGAGACUGGCGCCGGAAGGGUGGAAGAUUGAGGAGAGAAAGUACACCAUGGGCGAGCUUGCUGAGGCGUCUGCUGAAGGGAGAUUGAUUGAGGCUUUUGGCGCGGGAACUGCGGCGAUUGUGUCUCCUGUCAGGGCGAUCAGCUGGAAGGGACAGCUGGUCAACUGUGGGUUGAAGGAUAAUGAGGAGAGCGGGGAGAUUGCCAUGAAGAUGAAGGAGUGGAUGGAGGCGAGGCAGUAUGGUGAUGAGGAGAGUGAUUGGAGCUAUAUCUGCUAG